AUGACUGAAAACACAUCGAAAUUGCUUAAAGAAGGCGAGCUAAGCAGUACAGAUGAAGAAGGAUAUUCAUCAGAAUCCAGGAGAAAACGGAUGAGACGGUCAUCGUUAUCUGGUCCCCUGAGGUCCCAUUUACCCCAAAGAGUAUCAUCUUGGAAACGACAUCAUGCUUCAAGGAUUGGAAUUCAUUUUGCCAAGCAAUAUGUGCAGGGACUAGACGGGUUGCAGCCGCACACUGAUAAAACUUUGAAUAAUCUCACGAAGGAGCAAACUGAAUAUGUGAAUAUAGUUAUGGAAUAUCUAACUUUCAAUUUUGUUUUAAAAGAUUUUGUUGGAUUUCCUGAAGAGAUAGUCCGAGAAAUUGACAAGAUUAUAGAAAAACUAAAUCAAGAUGACCUGCAGAUUCUCCAAGAAGAAGAAAUAAAAGAGGAAGCUAUAACUGGUCUUCUGGAAAAUUUAAAAGAAGAUAACUUGCCAAAUAAGGAAGAUAUUGUUAGUCAUGUAGUAAAGCUUUUAGCACACAAAGCAAGAUCAGAAAUUUCAAAAAAAGCUUUUCAAAGAGUGACACCUAUAAUUAAUGUGCAGAAGUUUAUUUACCACAUUAAGAAAUUUAUAGAUGAUAUAAUACGUUACAAUCUUGUGAAGAAAUCAAGGUUGGGUGUACCUGAAGGAUUGUUAAAACAGCUUUUUGGUAAAUUUGCAGAACUAUGUUGCUUAGAGGUAGAAUUUUGCAAUCAAGCUAAUCAAUCUGUUUGGGAAAAUUUAGAUGGAAUAGAAAAGGUAACUUCUGAACCAGAUCUGAGACUUUACAAGUGUGGAUUUAAUAAUGAGUACACAGGAGAAAUGAUAUCAGUUACCAUGGUUACUGAGGUAAAGCCCAGUGAUGACGAUUUUGACAGUAAUGAACCACCAAAAAAGAAAUAUAAAUGGGGUCCUAGAGAAUCAGCUACAGAUAUAUAUAGUUCAGCAGAAGACAGUGAUACAAUAGAGUUGGAUGUUCGUGACUCUGUGCUUGGAAAGCAUGCCGGGGAGCUAUUGUUAGAUCUGCACAGAGAAUUUAUCAAUAAAGAGGCAAAUUAUUAUGAAGAAGAUAGAAAAAUAAAUAUGCUAGGCAUGAUUGUUAAUGGUACAUAUGUUUACUUGACUGUGUUAGAUAUGACCUGGAAACACUAUCAGAAGUUAAGGAAUAACGAAAUACUGGAUGAUAAUGAUAAAGCUACUAUCUAUUAUACCCAUGCAAGAAAUAUCCUGCAGGAAAGGUCUCGAAGAGUUUUAAUAGAGGAAUUUCUGAGAUUCAACAACAUGGAGUUGACUUGAUUUUUAAGAGAUUACCCUAACUUUACUGGUAUCACAUGGUAAGCAGAACUGAGAACUAACAUGUGAAUGAAAGCCAUAAAAGCUACAUAUAUAUAUAUAUAUAUAUAUAUAACUCUAAACCUAGAGACCUGCUGAUGAAAAGAUUGAGAUAUUCUGCUAGAAUCUUUUGUAAGGCUGAGUAAUAAAAAGUAAAUUAUUUUUAACACUGCAUAUAAAAGGCUUUUCAAUACCAAUUUGCUAAACUUUUUAAGUUUGAAUUCAUCUCUACAAACUGAUCAGCUUGAAAAAUAUUACAGCUCAUUGCUUGUAAAAGAUUGUUUGUAUGAAACAAGUUCAGUGUAAUGAGAAUUAUUACUACCAUCAAAAUCCAGUGAUUGAAUGUCUGUUUUGUGACUUUGGAACAAUUUUGAACUCCUACUUAUAAAGAACACAGGUUCAAAAAAAGUUUGACUUAGACAUGAAAACUUUUGCCAUAAUAACAUUUUAUAAGUAAUUGUUUUUAAACAUUGUUUUGUUGGCCAGUUAAUUAUUGCUCUGUUAACUAUCAAGAAUUUAUUGUAAACUUGUAAUGUAAAUGUUUUUUUUCUGUUAUAAUUACUGAUG